AUGAAACUCCCCCUGCUCCUGCUGCUCCUCCUGCUGGGGACAGUUGCUGCUCUUCAUGUGGGUAAUGAUGCCCCCUAUCUGGACAGCCAAGAGUCACAGGCAGACAUGAGCCAGGAUCUGGAAGGCUCAGGGGAACAGGAGGGAGAGUCAUGCCUGACUGAGGAGGGGAUUCAGUCUGAAGGAGAGCAGGUGGAGGCUUCCAGCUGCCAAGAUGCCUUUGAGGACGACGAGAAGGCCAUGGAGUCAGACCCAGGUGCCCUAGAUGAGAACUUGCAGUGCCCCAGGGCAGAGGACACAGUGGAAAUAAGCGGCAGUCCUGGGUGCAAGACCUGCCGCUACGUGUUGGUGCGGAAGUGUAAAAGAUUUGCGGCCGCUCGGAGAAUUUGCAGGAGGUGCUACAACGGCAACCUUGUCUCUAUCCACAACAAAUGCGUCAACAAUCAACUCAGGUCCUUGGCCAGUCAGGUCAACCAACCCCGGGUCUGGAUUGGAGGCAAAAUUAGGGGCUGGUGCUCCAGGUUUCACUGGAUUGAUGGGAGCAGUGUAAAUUUUAGAAACUGGGCUCAUCCACGUGGGUGCGGCCGCUGUGUGAGCCUAUGCACCAGAGGGGGUCAAUGGCGACGAACACGUUGCAGAAGACGUCUGCCCUUCAUCUGCUCCAUCUAA